AUCAGAGACCGAAGUCGGCGUUGGCUGAGGACGUGCAGCAGCGGAUGCAAGUUGUUGGUUGUGUCGUCCGGCUAAUGUGCGUGCAUUAUCCAAAUUUUUAACCUUCAGUAUUAAGUUUUUCUCAUAUUGUAGCAAAUAAAAUGUCGGAUGAUGAGGAAGUGCAGUACACAAGGAGGCCAAGAACCGUACACUAUGGCUCUUUGGAAGAGUCUGAAAGAAAUAGGAUCAACUCUGGCAUCAAUAAUGAUUCUAAUAAUGAUGACAGUAGUAUGCCGAGUGCUCUCAUUGGAAACGUACAUACUUCCAAUGAGUACAUGGAGUUGGAGGAUGACAUGAGCAAAGAUAGGCAGGCCCUACUUGAAGAAUUUGAACGGAGGAAUAAAGCAAGGAAAAUCAAUGUCUCCACUGAUGACUCUGAAGUCAAAAAGAAUUUGAGACAUUUGGGAGAGCCAAUUUGUUUGUUUGGUGAAGGACCAGCAGACAGAAGAAACCGAUUGAAAGAAUUGUUAGCUAGUUUAGGUGAGGAUGCUAUAAAAAAGAAAGAAGAGGAUGACAAAUCUGCACAGCCAGAAAAAGAUCCAGAGACUACCUGGUAUCACGAAGGGCCGGACUCACUUAGGAUAGCUCGCUUGUGGAAUACAGCAUAUUCACUUAAACGAGCAAAGCGAAGGCUGGAAGCAGCCAGAAAAGAAUUGGAGACACCUGGUGCUACCAGAACUGCCAAAAGGCAGGAGUUAUUGAAAAAAGUGCAAGCACUGACAAUACAUCAUUCACAAGUUGGAGAUAACAGACCUUUAUCUUAUUGUCAAUUUAGCCCUAAUUCUAAAAUACUUGCCACAGCCUCGUGGUCUGGUUUGUGUUAUCUCUGGUCAGUACCAGACUGCAAAUUACUAAGAACACUGAAGGGCCAUUCGUGUAAUGUUGGGUGCAUAGUUUUUCACCCUAAGGCAACGAUCACAGAAGAUAUUUUUGAAGAGAGGGUUUCAAAUACUUGCAUAUUAGCUAGCUGUGCAAGUGAUGGAUCAGUUAAGUUGUGGGGUGGUGGCAAAGGGGAGAAUACAUUGGCAGAAGUUGAAGGUCACACUGAGAGGGUUUCGAGACUCGCUUUCCAUCCAUCUGGUAGAUUCUUGGGUACCUGUUGUUACGAUUCCUCGUGGCGUUUGUGGGAUUUGGAGCAGCAAGCUGAAGUCUUGCAUCAGGAGGGUCACACCAGACCUGUUCAUUGCAUCAGUUUUCAGGUUGAUGGAUCAGUCGUGGCAACCGGUGGUCAGGACUCCUUCGGCCGUGUAUGGGACCUCCGUACCGGUAGGUGUGUCAUGUUUAUGGAAGGCCACCUCAAAUCGAUAUUCGGCAUCGAUUUCUCUCCGAACGGAUAUCACAUAGCAACGGGUUCGGAAGAUAAUUCUUGUAGAAUUUGGGACUUGAGAAAGCGAUCGUGCAUCUACACGAUUCCUGCUCACAUGAAUCUUAUUGCCGACGUCAGAUAUCAGAAGGAGGAGGGCCAGUACCUGGUGACAGCGUCGUACGACGGCACUGCCAAGAUAUGGUCUAGUAACGCGUGGCAGCCGCUCAAGACUUUACCCGGUCACGAUGGCAAAGUCAUGUCCGUUGACGUGUCCUCGGAUAAUAAGUUCAUUGCCACGAGUUCCUAUGACCGAACGUUUAAACUGUGGGCGCCGGACUCGUAGUUAGCCUAAAGGACGUGUAAAGUAGGUCGUAUUUUUGUUACGUGCUAAGUGAAUUAUUUGAAGAAUGAAAAAUUUGUACAUACGUUUUCUAGAAUAAAAUCAAGUAAAAUCUA